UCUUUCACACAGUGCCGCCGAACCCUUCGUCCCAGCACCUCCUCGCGGACAGCACCAGCCAACACCAUCAUCGCGGAGCCAGCACCACCCCCCGCCGCCACCCACAGCAUCAUCUUUGGCCUCGCGGAGACGCGGACACUAGCCUACCCAGUAACCCCCAAGCCCCACCCCCAAACGGAGUACGAAACCUAGCCGCUCUCUCCCUAGGUCUCACAGCCUCGCUCUCUGCACCUCCCAGCUGUGGCGAGGGACCGUUCCGACCACCACCUCCAGAGUUGUCAACGGUAGCUCCCAAUGGUACUGAAACUGAUACUAUGAAUGGAAUCAAGAAACCCUAAAUUGAGUCAAUAGCAUGCAGCAGGGAGGAGGAUCCGACACGGAAGUGACAUGGGAGGACGAGCAGAACAUCAAUAAGUUGGGAAGAUUGAACAAUCGCUUUCUGCUAGUCCCGCUCCUUCUGCUCCGCUCUCUUCGCCGGUCUUCUUCUCAGGAAUUAGACAUUGGGAUUGAAGACUUGAAAGCAAAUCCAGAAGAGAAAUCAAAGUUUUCACCAACAUUGCGAUUUGGAAGUUGUUCUGAGAAAGGACCAAAGCAGUUCAUGGAAGAUGAGUUUAUUUGUGUUGAUAUCAUUCACGAAUAUUCCAGUGCUGCCACCAUGCCUUCUCCAGCAGGAUUUUAUGGGGUAUUUGAUGGGCAUGGAGGAAUUGAUGCGGCAUCAUUUACCAAAAUAAACAUUCUUAAGCUAAUAGUUGAAGAUUCACAUUUUCCAUCCAACAUUAAGAAAGCUAUUAAGAGUGCAUUUGUGAAAGUGGAUCAUGCAUUUGCAGAUGCUACUUCACUUGAUAGUUCUUCAGGCACCACAGCAAUUGUUGCCCUUAUUUUGGAAAGGGACUUGAUAGUUGCCAAUGUGGGGGAUUCUCGUGCCGUAAUGGGAAAAAGAGGUAAAGCCAUAGAACUUUCCAAAGAUCAUAAGCCAAACAGCACUUCUGAAAGAUUAAGAAUUGAGAAACUAGGUGGUGUGAUCUAUGAUGGAUACCUCAAUGGACAACUAUCAGUGGCACGUGCUCUUGGGGAUUGGCACAUCAAAGGUUACAAAGGUAAUUCAAUGUGCCCAUUAAGCUCAGAGCCAGAAUUAGAAGAGGUUGUAUUAACAGAAGAAGAUGAGUUCUUAAUAAUGGGGUGUGAUGGAUUAUGGGAUGUGAUGAGUAGCCAAUAUGCUGUAACAAUGGUGAGAAAGGAGCUGAUGAAACACAAUGAUCCAAUGGAAUGUGCAAGAGCUCUUGUUUCUGAAGCACUUCAACGCAAUGCAUGUGACAAUCUCACUGUUUUGGUCAUUUGUUUCUCCAUGGAUCCACCUCCUAAGAUUGAAAUCAUCUCUAGGUUACAUAAGAGGAGGAGUAUUUCUGCUGAAGCCAUUGAUGUUCUCAAGGGUUUGAUCAAUGCCACAACUUAAAUAUACAUUAAUUAAUUAACUAGUUAGUGCUUCAAUUUUGCAAGAGAAUGCUGUUUGUAUAUAUAAAGGGAUUAUUAAUUAUAUUAUAUUCAUAUGAAGA